AGUUUCAAUGGUCCAAGGUGAGUUCAAUACGUGAAGUAUACGUUGAACCACCAACAUUCUGUUACUUGAUUGAGCUUGUCGUGAUUAUUGAUUAACUCUUCUUUUAUGAAUAAAUAAUGGGUUUUUUGAUACAAUGGUCCUUUACUCAAGGAUUCAUAUUAGGACAGUUGUUAACGAUUUCAGUUAUUUACGUAUUUCUCCGGUUUUUUCUGUUUUGUAAUCCUCCACCGCAAGACUUAGCCAAAGAAGAAGAAAAGAUAGAGGCAAUUAAAUCCCAACAGGCAAAACCUUCUCCUACUUCUUCUCCAGAUGUUGCGAAUGUCACUGACAACGCUAGACACUAUUUUCAAGAUACCCACUCGACUUUAGAUUCGGAAUUUUUGGAUGCUCUUUACAAUGUUAAUGAACAUGAACCUGAAUCAUUAGAUUGGUUCAAUGUUCUAAUUGCUCAAGCUUUAACACAAUUCAGACAUGAUGCAAGCUCGAAUAACGUUGCUUUAAGAAGGUUAGAAGCAGUCCUAAAUAAAGGUACUCAAGAUAGGACAAUGGUGGAUCACAUCUACGUGAAAAACCUUUCACUGGGUAGAGGAUUCCCUGUUUUUAGUCACUGUAGAGUUUUACGCCGAGAGGAAGGUUCUUCUCAUUUACGAGCAGAAAUGUUAGUUUCUUUGAAGGAUAAUCUCACAUGUACGGUUGAAACAAAGCUGCUACUGAAUUUCCCAAAGCCUUCAUUUGCGACACUCCCUCUGUCAAUAACUAUUAGCAUGCGAAGAUUUGUUGGAAAGAUGAUGAUUCAUUUUUCUCCAAGCAAUGGAGCAGAUCAGCCAGCUUAUUUUAACUUUUCAUUCGAUCCAGAUUUUGUUUUCUCUUUAGAAGUUAAUUCUCUUAUAGGAGCUAGAUCGAAACUACAGGAUAUUCCUAAAAUCACACAAUUAAUUGACUCUCGUGUCCGUCAAUGGUUUAUAGCUCGUUGUGUUUCCCCUCAAUUUCAACAAAUCGCUAUACCAAAUUUUUGGCCCACUUCCGCCAAAGAAGGACAUGCACGCUCACAAACAAGCGCAGACGUACAUGGCAAUAUGUGAUAGAAUGCAAAAAUAGAAAAAUAUUAAUUAGUGUAUUUUAUUUUUGCCUCUUUGACAAAAACGGUGGGUAUUUGCGACCGGGUAUCCAUCCGUUUAUUUCAUGUUUGAGCCACCACCGGUUACAUUCAAAAAUUACUCCCUCCAUACUCAUUCUGUUGAUUAUCCUCGCAAUGUUUCUAGAAUCAUCAAUGCCACUAUGUUGGUUUCCCUCAAAUCGAAGAUUCCAUCGUUGUAACAUUCCUUCAAUGUUAACUCUUGGUACAUGGUACACAUCGGAAAAAUAAGCUCGAAUGUCAACAAAGUGACCUUUUAUCCAGUCCGGAAUCUGUGUAUUGCUGAAUUUGAACUAUGAUGUUAGCUGACAUGGAGAAUUUAAAACCUGUAGUAUUUUAUUUUUGAUGGAGGUCAUUUUGAUUAAACACCAGAUUGAAUACCUGUUUCGCAAUGAACGAUGCCAUAUCCCAGGGACCAUCGCAUGCCCAAGCCCAAUUUUUUGGCUGACUCCUCGGAAUCGCUCGUGAAGGUUCGAGGAUUUUAACUUCAUCAAUUGAUGGUUCAAGGAUAGCUUUAUGUUGUCUUAAAAAUUCCGUUAGGUUUUCGAGUACCUGCUGGAACGGCGAUGCUUCAUCUAUAACUGAUUGUUGUAUCCCAGUUAAGGAUUUACAAUAGUCAGAUAAUAUAGGAUUCAUAUUUGGCCGAACAUAAGAAUGAAAUUCGUCGAUAAUCUCAUUCGUAUCCAAGUCAUAAAGCAGACACGGAAAUUCUAUUAUUUCAUUAUCAAAGGUAAAUCCACAUCCUUCCUCACAAGUAGCUUCAACGUCAACAAUUAAUAAGUAUCGA